GCGGGCCCGCUGCCGCCCACGUCACCGCGCCGCGCUCACGUCACGCCGGCCCGACGCUCGGCCCACGAUAAGUCCGGUUUCUUCUGUGGCGGGGUGCGCAGUUACAGCCUUGGUUUCCUGGAUCUGGUAACAUGGCAAAAGAUGCCAGUCUAAUUGAAGCCAACGGAGAACUAAAGGUCUUUAUAGACCAGAAUCUUAGUCCUGGGAAAGGUGUGGUAUCUCUUGUGGCUGUCCACCCAUCCACAGUGAACACGCUCGGAAAGCAGCUCUUGCCAAAAACCUUUGGACAGUCCAAUGUCAACAUCACACAGCAAGUGGUGAUUGGCACGCCUCAGAGACCUGCAGCAUCAAACACUAUCGUGGUAGGAAGCCCACACACCCCCAAUACUCACUUUGUAUCCCAGAACCAGCCGUCCGACUCCUCACCUUGGUCUGCUGGGAAGCGGAACAGGAAAGGGGAGAAGAAUGGCAAGGGCCUGCGGCAUUUCUCCAUGAAGGUAUGCGAGAAGGUACAGAGGAAAGGGACCACCUCCUACAACGAGGUAGCUGAUGAGCUGGUUGCAGAGUUCAGCGCUGCCGACAACCACAUCCUACCAAAUGAAUCAGCUUAUGACCAGAAGAACAUCCGACGGCGUGUCUAUGAUGCCUUAAAUGUGCUGAUGGCCAUGAACAUCAUCUCCAAGGAGAAGAAGGAGAUCAAGUGGAUCGGCCUGCCCACCAACUCUGCUCAGGAGUGCCAGAACUUAGAGGUGGAGAGGCAGCGGAGGCUGGAGAGGAUCAAGCAGAAGCAGUCUCAGCUCCAAGAGCUCAUCCUGCAGCAAAUUGCUUUCAAGAACUUGGUGCAGAGAAACCGCCAAGCGGAGCAGCAGGCCCGCAGGCCACCCCCUCCCAACUCUGUCAUCCACCUGCCCUUCAUCAUUGUUAACACCAGCAGGAAGACCGUCAUCGACUGCAGCAUCUCCAAUGACAAAUUUGAGUAUCUGUUUAACUUCGACAACACCUUUGAGAUCCAUGAUGACAUUGAGGUGCUCAAGCGCAUGGGCAUGGCAUGUGGGCUGGAAUCAGGGAGUUGUUCUGCUGAAGACCUCAAGAUGGCAAGAAGUUUGGUACCAAAAGCUCUAGAACCAUACGUGACAGAAAUGGCUCAGGGAUCCAUUGGUGGGGUGUUCGUCACGACAACAGGUUCUACAUCCAAUGGCACAAGGCUUUCCACCAGUGAUUUGAGUAAUGGUGCGGAUGGGAUGCUGGCCACAAGCUCCAAUGGAUCCCAGUACAGUGGCUCCAGGGUAGAGACCCCUGUUUCCUACGUUGGGGAAGAUGAUGAUGAUGAUGAUGACUUCAAUGAGAACGACGAGGAAGACUGAGAUCCCAGCUUGUAGACUCCUCCCCUUCAAAUCAGCUUCAGGAAAAAGAUGUGUAGAGAAAAACUUUUUAAAGUGGGGUUUUCUGUUCUUUUUGGCCUACUCCCAAGAAGAUACCCGUGAGCUAUGGAGUUAGAUGUGCACCUCCAGUAAAGAUUGUUCCCGCGGUUUGAGCCACACUGCGGAUGUGUUUUGAUGCCAGCGUGCUGACGCAGAGUCUGUAUUUACUUUUUAGAUUUUGCGUUUUUGUUUUCUGUUUUUUAAAGUUUGAAGUUUAUUUUUGCCCCUCAACAGUUCUUGCUGGGUUUGCUAAGAAAUUAUACUGCACCCAUGCCAACAACAAUAAUAAAACGCUAUCCCACCAUGGACAUCCAGCACCCAGUGCUGUGUGUACAGUGUGUUUGAGUGGUGCCACCUGCUGCAGAUAGCCAGGCUUUAGGAUGAGUUUCCUUUCCGUCUGUUAAUCCAUGCAGUGUCCAAAGAACCAAGCCGAUAGCAAAGCUCUACUUUUUAAACAUUAAGCGCCAUACGUCCUAUUGUGACUUUAUUUUCCUUAAAUUAUAUUGAUUGUUGUGAUCCCAUCAAAUUUGUACUUUUUCUCUAUUGCAGGAACAAAUUACGAAGUACUUUUUCUUGUUUGUUUGCUUUUGUUUUGUUUGGAAAAGGUUUACUGCCACGCUGGUGCAGCUAUGGAAAUUGUCUAGAAGGUUAUUGCUUAUGGUAAAUUUGCCUGAUUUCUUACAGGCUACGUUUGGAAACUUUUUAUUAUAUAGUUGUUUACAUACUUAUAAGUCUAUCAUUUAAAGACAUGUACUGAAACAAAUGUUGGAUUUGUUUCCUAAGCAUCUUCCUGUAAUCUAUUAUAAAGUUGAAAUUAAACAUAGAGAAUGUUUUAACAAUUUUUUAACUCAAAAUUUGUCAAUCAUUUUUAAUAGUUCUUUUUUUAUAAAAAGAAAAAGGAAUUUACAGACAGGCAGUAGUCUCUUAAAAUUUAUUCACAAAAACCCGUUAACUGCACAGUUGCUGUUAGCUGCCUGUUCUAAAACGAUAGUCUUUUUAUUGAAACACAAAUAAACUUUUCUGUAAUAUUUUAUGGAAUAUAAAGAGACUUUAAUUGUUUGACUUGUUUAACUCAGCACUGUUAGUUUUUAUUAAUAAAACGCGCAUGGGCAUUUUAAACAA